GUCAUCCAGAGUUGUUUCCCCUUGUGCAGAAUGACUUAUGGCGCCCUUCGUUUGAAUGACAGGAUAACCUCGUCGGACAAAGUCUCCGAAUGACCAUGGCACCGAUCCAUCACUUGUAUUGGACUCUUUUUCGGAGACCUCACAUAGGUGUGGUACUCACGCCACAAGCAAAGAAGGUUUUCUACUGUCUGACAAGAUGUAAUUCCACUAAACAGAACUCACCUUUACUGGAUACCUACUAUGAUCUAUGCAAGUAUGGACAAUUGAAAGCUGAUGAUCACCAAAUUAGCGUUAUUGGAAACCUACAAUCACUCCAUGACCACUUAAAAGACUACAAGCCAGUGACUUCUACUUGGUUUCAAAAGAUGUUAAAAUUAAAAAAUGACCAAAAAGCACCCAGAGGCAUUUAUUUAUAUGGAGAUGUUGGUAGGCUGUGGUAAGACCAUGUUGAUGGAUCUCUUCCACAAUAACUGUGUGAUUGAGAAGAAACUCCGGGUACACUUUCAUGAAUUCAUGCUUGAUGUCCAUAAAAAAAUUCAUAAAGUGAAGAAAGAGAUGCCUAAACAGAGGAAUGUAAAUCAUUCAGAAGCAUUUGACCCAAUUCCUCCUGUUGCAAAAGAAAUCAGCACCAACACCUGGCUUUUAUGUUUCGAUGAAUUUCAAGUGACUGAUAUUGCAGAUGCUAUGAUCUUGAAGAGUUUGUUUACUGAACUUUUCAAUAAUGGAAUUGUUGUAGUUGCUACUUCCAAUCGACCUCCAGACGAUCUUUAUAAAAAUGGACUUCAACGAGCUAAUUUUGUACCAUUUAUUGAUAUAUUAAAGGAUUUUUGUUAUGUAUUGUGUCUGGACUCAGGUAUAGACUACCGAAUGAAGCAAUUGAUUACUGAAGGGAAGACUUAUUUUUUAACCACAGAAGCUGAUUGUGAAACAAAAGUGGAUGAAGUAUUCAGUUCUUUGUGUGAGUCUCAGAAAUCUGAUGUGGAACCUCGUGAUCUCAAAAUAUUAGGAAGAAAUCUCCAUUUACCUGUCACAUGUCGACGGCUGUUGGAUACUUCCUUUAAAGCAAUGUGUUGUGAAGCUCUUGGCGCCAUAGAUUACUUAGAGAUAUGUCGACAUUUUGAUGUUAUUAUUUUACGUAAUGUUCCAGCCAUGUCCUUGAACAACAGGACAGCAGCACGCCGAUUUGUCACCUUAAUAGAUACAUUAUAUGAUAACCAAGUGAAGUUGAUCAUUUCAGCUGAAGUGAAACUGUCCCUGAUAUUUUAUAUUGGCGAAUUCAAUGUGAAAUGCCAACAAGAUCACAGUAUGUUGAUGGAUGAUCUAGGGAUUCAUUCGCAGAGUGAUUUGGCUCAGUCUAGUAUAUUUACUGGAGAAGAAGAACUUUUUGCCUUUAGUCGAACAAGGUCACGACUAAGUGAGAUGAUGACAGAAGAAUAUUGGAGAAUCAAACCAAAGCAACCAACGUAAUGAUAACUGAAUUUAGGAGGAUUUUUAUAGAAACAUAAUAGUAUUGAAAUAUAUUGUAAAAAUAUGGAAAAACUGUCUUUAUGUUUAAAUACUUAUACAACGGAAAUUUAACGUAUUUAAAAAUUAUUUAUCUGGAAUAUUUAAUCGUGUCUAUAAAAUUAAAUUUUGCUUCAGCUAUUCAGUGGAUUCAUCUCAGGGGAAGAAUUAUUUCAAUGUCAAAACUAAAACAAAUUGCCAAAUGGAGGUUUCUUUUAAUCCUCAGUUUUUUUUUGUUUAUGAACGAUAUUCAGACUUCAAAGAAUUUAAAGACAAAAAUGUGACUAUCCUAAACAAAAUAAGCAGCUACAUUGUCUCUUUUAAGUUCUCUUAAUUCUGUCUCAUUUUCUGAGUCUCAGCAAAAUUUUUACGAUGUUUUCAUCCUCAAAUGUCUCCAUGUCAGUGUCUGCUUCACUAUAACACUUAAAAUAAGUAGUUCCUCACCGGUUCACUGAAGUCAUAUAGCGAUACAAGAAAAUAUAUGAGAAGUUUUUCAUUGCCUUCAAGAAGAGAAUUUGAGCUUUGUGUGGUCAGCCUCUUCAAUUAUAAAGUUACUGCAGCAAUUAAUUCCUAUGAUAUAAUUUACAGCUAAGUGGAUGAAAUCCUUGAAAGUUAAGUGCCUUUGUUGCUUAUGCAAUACAAACCCUCAUCUUUUUGAUGGGCCACUAUCUUUUUCAACUUUGAUAAUUUGAUAUAUGUUACAUUGGCUAAAUAUAUUAUUUCUUACAUGUCAUCACUGAAUGCUAUUUAAUGCUUAUUAAAAGCUGUUAAGAAUUUCACAUUAUGUGAUACUGUGCUUUAUUAUGACUUGUGAUCAUAGACUAAAGUUAUAUCAACUAGAUAGCAUGGUUCAAAAUUUAGAUUUGAUUUUAUCCCUGUCAAUAAAUAUUGUUGGAAAAUACAUUUCCCCUCCCAUGAAAUAUAUUCUUGAGAAAGAUGGCAUGUCUUAUUUCCAUCUACAUCUUAUGUGUUUAUAGAUAUAGGGAUUAAGCUUAUCAAUAAUUGAAAAAUUU